UCUGCUCCUUGCUGCUGCUUUCACUUAGUUGCCUGAGUCACUGCUUUGCAGCCUGGCGCUCGCUCACACACUCACACUCACACACACACACACACAAAUCUUUGACAUUUUUCACAUUUUUCAUGAAGAAGGAAGAAGUUAGGAGCGGCCCGGGGCUUGCAAAAUAAAAUCCUCAUAAUAAUCCAAACUCUCCCAGCGUUGUGCUCUGCAAAAGUGACUCGCUCUGAAUCGAGGGAGCUCUUGGGUUUAGUGCCUCGAGUUUUGUUUUCCUUCCCCCCUUUUCUUUUCCUCUAAAAGAUGAAAGAAGGAAUGUUCUUUUUUGCUGCUUCUUCCCCUUCUCCAGAGCUGCUGCUGCUGCUGGUUAAUUGCACAUUCAAGUGGAAAAUUUUCGGGAGUCAGCAGAAAUAUUGUAUCCAAAAAAGACAAAGUCGCAGUUACAACAAAACCGAAGAGAUUGUCCCUGGAAAACUUCCUUUCGGUAGGAAUGAAUUGAUAGCCAGAUACAUCAAACUUAGAACAGGGAAGACACGGACCAGGAAACAGGUGUCUAGUCACAUACAGGUCUUAGCAAGAAAGAAAGUUCGAGAAAUUCAAGCCGCCAUUAAGGUGUCUAGUCACAUUCAGGUUCUUGCCAGAAGGAAAUCUCGUGAUUUUCAUUCCAAGCUGAAGGAUCAGACUGCAAAGGACAAGGCACUUCAGCACAUGGCAGCAAUGUCAUCCGCUCAGAUAGUAUCAGCUACUGCUAUACACAACAAGUUGGGCCUGCCAGGAAUUCCCCGUCCUACAUUUCCUGGUGCACCUGGGUUUUGGCCAGGAAUGAUACAAACAGGGCAGCCGGGAUCCUCACAAGAUGUAAAGCCAUUCGUUCAGCAGGCCUAUCCUAUUCAGCCAACAGUCACAGCUCCCAUUUCAGGGUUUGAGCCUGCAUCAGCUCCAGCACCCUCAGUUCCCGCUUGGCAGGGUCGAUCCAUUGGUACAACCAAACUCAGACUGGUGGAAUUCUCAGCUUUUCUUGAACAACAGAGAGACCCAGAAUCAUACAACAAACACCUCUUUGUGCACAUUGGACAUGCCAACCAUUCUUACAGUGACCCGUUGCUUGAAUCGGUGGACAUUCGUCAGAUUUAUGACAAAUUUCCUGAAAAGAAAGGUGGUUUAAAGGAACUGUUUGGAAAGGGCCCCCAAAAUGCCUUCUUCCUAGUAAAAUUCUGGGCUGACUUAAACUGCAACAUUCAAGAUGAUACAGGAGCAUUUUAUGGAGUAACUAGCCAAUAUGAGAGCUCAGAAAACAUGACAAUCACCUGUUCCACCAAAGUCUGCUCAUUUGGAAAGCAAGUAGUAGAAAAAGUAGAGACGGAAUAUGCAAGGUUUGAGAAUGGCCGGUUUGUGUACAGAAUAAAUCGCUCUCCAAUGUGUGAAUAUAUGAUCAACUUCAUACACAAGCUCAAGCAUUUACCAGAGAAAUAUAUGAUGAACAGUGUAUUGGAAAAUUUUACAAUUUUGUUGGUUGUAACAAACAGGGAUACACAAGAAACCCUACUCUGCAUGGCUUGUGUAUUUGAAGUUUCGAACAGUGAACAUGGAGCACAACAUCACAUCUACAGGCUUGUAAAGGACUGAGCAGUUAUUUAUAUACACACUUCAUUACACUUCUUUAUCAAAAACACAGACUGUAAACCUCAACACUAAGUGGCAGUGCCUCUGGUCCAGCUUUCACCCACAUUUUUCUAAAUCCUGUUUUAGUGAAGUCAUUUUUAAUGUGUUCAUCUAUAAUUGUAGCUGUGAAAUUCUGGUACAGUUGUAAAAAAUUCUUUCUAAAACUAAGUGUUCUUCAAAUUUGUAAACGACAGUUCUUUGGGAAGACUGUAUUUAAGAACCUAAUGCCUUUGUCUGUGGAGGCUUAUUUUUAAUUGUGAUAGAAAAAUGUAAGACAGAGCAUUUGCCAUGGGGAAAACUUACAGCAUUUAUAAGAAUUUAUUUAGGGUUUUGUUUUGUUUUUUCCAAAAUAAAAUACUUAUUUUACGAUGCAAAUGAAAUUGAAAUGAAUCUUUAACUAUAACUGUAAAUUAGUACACAAAGUUAAUAAUCUUUAUAGAAUUAUCUUUGUAACUAAUUAGAGUGGAAGAUGCGGACGAAUGUAAUUCACUAAAUUAUUUUUUAAAAUGAAACAUUUUUUCUGUUUGAAACCAAAUGAUAAAUAUAGCCUUAAGAAAUGCCUGAUAGAAACAAGCAGGUCCUAAAAUUAGGCAAAUUUUGUAUUUUUUUUCUCAAUGUUAAAACUAAUCUUCUAAUUCAUUAAACUUUCCAACAGGUAUUGCAGAGAAAGAGAACAUCAUCCCUUAUACUUAACGUAUCUAGUGUAUUUUUAAAAAUAUAAAGUUGUGUUGUACUAAUAUGGAAAUUUGAUUAUUUAAUGAAAAAAUGAUGGCUCAUUUUGCAAUAAGUAGGUAAAUACUGAAAAUUUAGACUUACAUUUUAUGUAGUCUUGUGUGUGCAGUUAUAUUUUAUACGGACAACUAUAUUUUCUGUUGAGUGAAAAAUUUGCAAUACCGAAAUUAACAAACAUAGGGGGAAACAAUUGACAUUAUUACUGCAUUGCGAAUAAUCUGUAAACUGCAAGCUAGAAAAAGUAAUGUGGUUGAGAGAAGAAUACGUAGGCCAGUAAAAGCCUCAUCAGCUUUAAUGUCGCAGGGAUGCUAGAAAAUCACAACCAUCAUCAGGCAAAACAGAUUUGAAGGGUUAUGUUCUUCCUUUUCUCAUUCUUCACGAUGUUCCGGCACAUAUAUUAUCCCAGUUCUGUCUCCAGCAAGACAUGGUGCAUUUAGUACUAGUAGGCAGGGCAUGUAGGACACACCCAUCAAUACCAGUUAGGGUCUGAUUGCCUUUCACAUCCAGAAUACAGAUGUGCAGUGUUCAUCCCUCUGAUUAAUAAACUGAAAAGUAGGUAGUUCAGAGAAGAUUCUAUCAUAGAGUGAAUUGAAGAGAUUUUAAUGCUAGUAAGGAUUAAAAAUGUAGUCAUGGGUGUGAAUGGUUUUCUGGGAUACACACGUAUCCCAUGUUCUCUGAUUCUUAUUGGCACAGAAAUGAGGAGAAAUGGGUUAUAAUGGGAAAUAACUAGGCUAAAACAAUGCAAUCUGUUUGGCAAACCACAAAUCCUAACAGGACAUAUCAAACACAGGUUACAAGAUAAGAUGCAUGGCUGCUGCAAACAUCCAAAAAACACAUUUUUAAGAUAUCCUAUUUCCUAGAGGUGGAAGGGACUUUGAAAGGUCAUCGAGUCCAGCCCCCUGCCUUCAUUAGCAGGACUAAGUACUGAUUUUUCCCCAGAUCCUUAUGUGGCACCCUUAAGGAUUGAACCCCUCAAGGAUUUAACUCACAACCCUGGGUUUAGUAGGCUAAUGCUCAAACCACUGAGCUAUCCUUCCACUCAUGAUUAAGGCACAGAAAUGUGUUUCAACAGUUCCUUUCUCAGCUGCAGUUUUCAGGCAUGUGCCUAUAUGUAAUUAGAAGCUUGAAUUUGCCUCCAGGUAUAAUAUAUUGGUUACAGUUCUAAUUUUUAUGACACUGUCAUUCUAAAAAGUGCCCUCAGUUAUAGCCGCAUAAAUAUAGAUGAAGAUUCUUAGUCAGUAUACUGGCUAGAAGAGCAAUCAGUAUUUGUAAUGUGCAGCAAGUUGUGGGUUGUUGUAUGCUUGCCUUUCAUUGUGUUAAUCUUUAAUACUGUUAGGAUUUACAUUAGAGGAAGGGGCCAGCAUCUGGGGGGAGGGGUUUGAAAUUCCUUAGGCUAUAAAACAUCUGAUCUGUCUAACUAUAAAAGGUGGCAAGUAUCAGGGGGUAGCCGUGUUAGUCUGUAUCUACAAAAACAACAAGGAGUCUGGUGGCACCUUAAAGACUAACAGA